ACACAUUGUUGCCAAAUUUCACAGUUGAAAUCAUUCACGCGCUUCGACUCUAUACUUCGCGCGCGAAGUGCAGUCGUCUGCCACACACUACGAUAGUUUCGUACUUUAUGAUGAAGCAGUUAUUUAAGUGAGCCGCUUGUUGAAGUAAUAACAUAACAAUUUAAUAACUCUUCAAGUCUACGAGUUUGAGAAAUAACAAAAAAACUGUCUUAGUGUUUUAUUCUCUUCUUACAAUGGAUUAUCGUUAUUAAAUAAGUAUUCCGGAGUUCAGUGUUGAUAAAGAAAUAAGAGAUCCGGUAUUUGUGUUACAAACUGCCUCGGGCAACAUGGAACAAUUGCUGGAUUAGUUCUUAUUAACAGAUGAACCCAACGCCUCUGUUCUACUUAAACAAUUACACUUUGGUAUUUUAUAAAAUUCAGCUUUGAAGUACCUGUAAUUACCGUUAGUUGCUUUGCUACAAACAGGUGGUACCAGUCUUCAUCGAUGUUGUUUGUCGUACCAAAGUUUGUGUUUUGUUCUAUUAAUUGCCAGGAAUCUAUUUGGGUGUGAAUAAAGAGCUCCAAUGAAUGGCGGUUUUACAACUUAUUGUUGCAACGCCGAUGCGCAUUUUAUGGCGACAUAACACAUAAACAUGUACAUUUUAUGGUGACGUUAUACACAUAAAAACUGUUUGCGUCUACUGCCUUUUUUCCAAGCAGGUCUUUAAAAGGUUUUGAUUUUGAUGGGCAUGCGAUUAGUUUUUUUCGAUCGUGUCUGAAUAUGGUUUAGCGGAAGAGUAACAACAGACCUCGUGGACGCCAUAGCACCUGGAAACAUAAAUAUGUGUUAAUUGAGAGAGAGAAAAAAGAUCGAAUCGUGGUAACCAUUUGUCGCCUUUUGUGUCUCCUGUCCAAUGUUUUUCUUUUAAUAAUGCUACAAAAACUAUCUUGGGUUCCGUAUGUUUGUGUUGGUGAUUUGUAAGACUUUCCCUCGUUAACAGUGUAGAUUCAAUCACCUACAGUGAUGGGGUUUUUUAAAAUUAUUUCAUUAAAGUUGUUAUACAUCAAGAGUAUUACCGUCUCGUGCGUUAAAGUGUUUCCCAGACGUAUCCAACAGCGUUAUAGACUCGGUGUCGUUAACAUUGUGUUCGGUUAGAGCAAUUAAAAAAUACUAAUAUUGGAUAAGACUACGUAACUGUUAUAAAGGACACCAACUUAGAUUCCCCUAGAAUGGUGUUUCAUAAUAGACUACUUUACUGUUACAAAGGACACCAAUUAAGAUUCCCCUAGAAUUGUGUUUGGUUUUCUUAAUUCAAGAAAACUUAUAUUUCAUAAUAGACUGCUUUACUGUUACAAAGGACACCGUAGAAUUGUGUUUGGUUCUCUCAAAUAAAGAAUACUAAUAUUGAACAACUCACUCGUAUAAAAACAACUUUAAUAUACACUUGCUUUUAUUUAUGUCUACGUGUUUUAUUCAUAGUUUAUAUACCAUCUUAUUUUGAUUUUUUGAAGUAUCACCAUCGAUUAAUACCAAUAAAUAUACCGCAUUUGUUUAAAACAUGUUAAACUUCUUUGCUCAAUUUACGGACAAUUCCAGUGUAGAAAAGCAGAGCUAUUUUCAUAGCUUAUUAUUGGUAACUUAAGGUACAUUGACAAUCAAUCCUACUUCUAUGAAUGUCGUUAUAAAAUCAACCCGGUCGAUAUCAAGGAUUAUAUAUAUAUACUGUUCCAACAAAUGACAAGAAUAGUUGUAUAAAGGUUUACAAAAUCUGACGUUUAAACCACUCUGUGAAUCAGUCAAAAAAUUUAUAAGAUUUUUUUUUUUUUUUUUUUUUGUUCAUUCCGACAUAUAAAAGAAUUCAACUAACUGUGAAUCUUAAAAGUGGAAUUUGUCAAAACAGAGUUUUAGAUGUCUUGGGAUUUUUACCUGAAGUUUGAUUAAAUUAAAGCGACAAGUCUUACUGUUUAGCCAACUAAAACAAUCGGUUUAAAUGUUCAACCAAUUAAAAGCCUUGGUGUAAUUCUGGUACGAAUUUGAAAUAAAACAGAUCAUUCACUCGUGGAUUAUUAUCUCAUUAAGUGGAAAGGACUGUACAGUCAUUAACUCACCUUGGAUUACCCGAAUAUCGACUUAAACAAAGCCUAGAUCAAACUGUAUCCAAAAGACUCAUCUCGGAUUACCUGUAUAUCGACUAUAACGUAACCCAAACGGAAAUUACAGAUUAUUCACUUCCGGUUUUAAAGAUGGCUACCUUGGUUUUAUUUAUGCUUCUGUUGCUGUUGGUUGACCAUGGAACACAAGCUGGCUCUAAUCAUUCUAAACAAGAACAAAGAAUUCGUAUGUUUGAAGCUUGGAGUGACUGUCAUAUCAAGAUAAACAAAACAGAGCCACCGCAAAACGGUUUAUACUGUAAAAUGAUAUUUGAUGACAUCAUGUGUUGGGAUUAUACCCCAGCUGGUCAACUUGCUAAACAAUCAUGUCCCGAUUAUAUCUCAGGCUUCUAUACAGAAGGUACAGCAGAGAGACAGUGUAUGCCUAAUGGCGAGUGGUUUGUACAUCCGGACUACAACAAAACGUGGACAGACUUUCAUGGAUGUCAUCAGAGAACGAAAGAUCCACAUCUGAUGGUCAUUGGGAAACAUCUAGACAAUGUCCAGUUAUUGGCUAGAAUUGGUUACAGUAUUUCAUUGGCUUUCUUACUCUUUGCUGUCUUUAUUAUGAUCUAUUUCAAAAAGUUACACUGUCAGAGGAAUACCAUCCACGUGAAUCUGUUCUUAUCGUGUAUAUUACGAGCAGGUGUGUGUUUAUUAAAAGAGGUCAUCAUGGUUCAGGGGAUGGGCUUACCUAUGGAUAUUGAAUAUAAUCAAAAUGGCGAACCGGUGUUUAUUCAGGAAGGAACGCACUGGCAGUGUAAACUAUUAUUUACAAUAUUCCACUAUUCUCUGUGUACCAACUAUAUGUGGGUGUCAGUGGAAGGAUUAUAUCUACAUAAUCUGAUAUUCUUCACAGUCUUCUCACAGAAAACUUUAUACUUAAUACUCUAUAUUCUACUAGGAUGGCUGUCUCCAUUACUCAUUAUUAUACCGUGGGUUAUUGUGCGGAUUUUAAAAGAAAAUACUCUGUGUUGGAAUACCCAUGAUUCUCAGUAUUAUUGGAUAUUAAAAGGUCCAAUCAUUGCAUCAAUUUGCAUAAAUUGUUUCUUCUUUAUAAAUAUAAUUCGUGUUUUAUUUACCAAAUUGAUGACGUCUAUUACCAGAGAACCACAGCGAUACAGAAAACUGGCCAAGUCGACAUUAGUUCUCAUACCAUUGUUUGGAGUUCAGUAUAUUUUAUUUAUAAGUAUGGAGUUUGAAAUGAGCGCACCAAUUGAAGUUAUGAAACUCUACACAGAAAUGUUCCUCAACUCCUUUCUGGGGACGAUUGUAACCAUAUUAUUUUGUUUUUUGAACGGCGAGGUGCGCAGCGUGCUCCGGAAGAAAUGGAAACCCAGAAUAUCGAUGUAACCUAGUUUUAUAGUAGACACGUAUUGUUCUCUUAUCCUGAGGUGAAGACAGAAAUAAAAAAAUUCUGGAGUCAUCAUCGGUUCGGGGGCUUAAAUAACUUCUCAAGACCCAGUUUACGUAACUUCAAUACUACAUCAUCAUUCGUCGGUCGAGAGCGAGGCGGAUCGGAUUUCAACCAAU